CAAAUGUAAAUCUUUUAUAAAAUUUCAAAUAUGGCGAAAUAGUAAAGAGCCAUGAAAUAAAUUCUGACCACUGCUUUAUCGAGGUUCUGCACUGCAAAAAAUGCCUCAUGUUGACUUUGUUACGUGGGUCGGCAAGACAUUUUAAACCACAGAAAUUAACUAAUAUAAUUCAAGAUUUAUCUUUUGGCAGAAACACGUCCGCAACUGUAUCUUUUGUUCAAUUUGUUGGAAGGUACCAAAGCGAAUUCAUUUCAGAAAAGAGAAACAUGACGACAUUGGAGACAUUGAAUUUUGAUAACCUGGCCUUGCGGUCUUUACCGAUCGAUCCAGUGAAAGAAAAUUUCGUUCGUCAAGUGCCCAACGCUUGUUUCUCUCUUGUGGAACCCACAGCAGUGAAAGACCCUGAGCUGGUAGUGCAUUCAGAAAGUGCAAUGAACCUGCUUGGUCUGAAUCAAGAACAAGCUAAGAGAAAAGAAUUUCCAGAAUAUUUUAGUGGUAAUAAAAAACUUCCUGGUUCACAGACUGCUGCACAUUGCUAUUGUGGUCACCAGUUUGGAAGUUUUGCUGGACAGUUAGGAGAUGGUGCGGCAAUAUACUUAGGUGAGGUUAUAAAUUCCAAUAGUGAAAGAUGGGAAAUACAACUUAAAGGUGCUGGAAAAACACCAUUUUCCAGGAGUGCUGAUGGCAGAAAAGUUUUGAGAUCUAGCAUAAGAGAGUUUUUAUGCAGUGAGGCAAUGCAUCAUCUUGGAAUUCCAACAACACGUGCUGGUUGCUGUAUCACAUCCGACACCAAAGUUGUCAGGGAUAUAUUUUAUGAUGGUAAUCCCAUUUAUGAAAAGUCAAGCAUUGUCCUGAGAAUAGCUCCAACCUUUAUCAGGUUUGGUUCAUUUGAAAUUGUCAAGAACCUUGAUUUAAUGACGGGCAGACGUGGACCCAGCGCUGGAAAAAAAGAUAUACUAAUUCAAUUGCUUGAAUAUGUCAUCAAAACCUUUUAUCCACAGGUCCAUGAAGAACACGGUGAUAAUUCUGAAGAUCGUUAUCUUGCCUUCUACAAGGAAGUUAUUUCAAGAACAGCUCGACUAGUGGCAGACUGGCAAUGUGUUGGAUUUUGCCAUGGCGUUCUCAAUACAGACAAUAUGAGCAUACUUGGCCUAACCAUUGAUUAUGGACCAUUUGGUUUUAUGGAUCACUUUAAUCCAGAUUUUGUAUGCAAUGCCUCCGAUGACACGGCCAGGUACAGUUAUAAGGCUCAGCCGGAAAUUUGCAAAUGGAAUUUGAUAAAACUAGCUGAAGCAUUAGCUGAUGUGUUACCUCUUGCAAAAUCUCGAGCAUUACUGGAAGAGAUAUACGACCUGGAAUAUAUGAACCAUUAUCUCAGUAAAAUGCGUAAAAAGCUUGGAAUAAUACAUAAAGCUCUACCAAGUGAUAGAACGUUAGUUGAAGAACUUUUGCGAACGAUGGAAGAAACAGGAGCUGACUUUACUAAUGUCUUCAGAUGUUUAUCGCGUAUCAAAGUCCAAGAUUCACCCGAUUUUGAAAAAAAUAAUGGAGAAGUUUUAGAGUACAUCCUUUCUCAGUGUCUAGAUCCAUCUGAUCUUCCAAGAGAACAAGCGGUAUCUGGACAGCUUCAAAUGUUACUGCUGAUGAUGAGCAGUAACCCCGCUCUGGCUGCGCAGUUGGAACAAAAUCCCUGGGUCCGAACUGAAAAAGAGAAAAUGGAGAGAGCAAAAAAACUUCGAGAAGUACCCCCGGACGAAAAACGUUUGAAAGACAGGGAAUCAUGGAUUUCGUGGAUUAAGAAGUAUAGGAAGCGAAUUGAAGCAGAUUUUGAACAAGAAACGCAGGAAAAACAUUUGAUCCAUAAUGCCAGAGUCGACAUCAUGAAUACGAACAAUCCUCGAUUCGUAUUAAGAAACUACAUCGCUGAAAAUGCUAUAAAAGCCGCUGAGAAUGGUGACUACAGUCUCGUGCAAUACGUUUUAUCGGUGCUUGAAUCGCCGUAUUCAGAUGAUGUGGAACGGAAGGUUGAAAUACCAAGCAGUUCAACUAAAGCUGAAGUGAGGAGUGGUGAGCAUGGUUCAAAUCAUACUGAGUUCAUAUUUGACCAUAAAUCACCACGCUGGGCGCACCAACUACGCGUCACUUGAUCUUCAUAAACAUCUUCUGUAACUUGUGGGGAUUAUUUUCUUACUAUAAUCGUGAGAUAUCUAUCCUGAUAUCACAUGGCCAGCCGGUAGCAUAAUAUAUUAACGUAAUUAUGGGAAAAAGGCUGCGGCGGUUGUGAUAAAACCGCGGCACAAGGUAGUAUAUUAUUAUUAUUUAAAGAUAUUAUACGAAUAAUCAAUUCGCAAUUAUCCGCGGCUUUUAGGCCUAUAGCUUUCAUGAGACUAUUUUAGCUCCAGCUAUAGGCAAAUAAUUUGAGCCGUGCCUUUUUUUUACUCCCAUAAAAAACCCUGUUUUAUACUGUUCGACAAGGGUUCCAUCAUGCAAGCAACAAGUAAGGCUUAAAAUCCACAUGAACAGAAGUAUUACGUUCCUAUACAAUCACUUCAGGUCUCGUUCACUAUAUAUAUAGUCCAGACCUGUUAUGAAGGCAUUGGGGAAAGCAAGGAAAACCUUUGCUGGAAAACAGCGAUUGUUAUAUGGACACGAACAAUUCAGUAUACAGAGACCAUUUUGUCAUAAUAAUGUGAUUUAAGAAAAAUGCAGUAUAUACUUUAUAAGCUUCCAGCCAUCAGAGAGGUUGAGGUACACAUCGUUUCUGGAGAAUUCGGUCUUUUCGGAUGACGAUCAUGAAUAUGUAUACCAGCAUGCACACGUAGACACGGCUGUAACCUCUCUUAUGGCACCUAUAGUAUGAAUCUGUUUUUAAUAAAAACGCAAUAUUUGUAAUGGUAAACUGUCAUACUAUAGUUUAUCUAAAAUAGUAAAUAUGUUAUAAUUGACACGGAUAAAUAAAUAUAAGACAGGAAUGAUUUGGAA